CAUCCUUAUUAUUAUUCCGAUAAGCUCUAAACAUUCUACAAUCGUCGGCGAUGGGUCUCGAGGCGGCGAAGACGGUGUUGGAGGUGGCCGACGUCGCGUGGACUGCCGUCGAGUGCUGCCACCACCACUACCACGACGAAGCGAAGCCACCGCCUCGGGGAAUAGGAGAGUCCGAUGUCGGAACCCUAAGUUCUGAAAAUGAACGCCUCCGCCAACUUCUGGAGAAAAAUAUGACGCUCCUUCAGCAGAUUUUGAGUUCGCCUACCGUUCUACAGAAUUGUCCGCCUGAUCUCCACGACCGUCUUGUCGAAUCCGUGAAUUCCGAAAGCUUUCUGAACGAAUUGGAGUCUCUCCGUAGAAAAUCUACCAGCGAAACUCCGUUCGACGAGCCAUCGGGCACAGAUUUGGAGAAAACUGGUGACUUGGUUGACAUAGGCCACGAGGAGCCUAGUUGGUGGGUGUGGGUCCCAAGGGAAAUGGCCCAUGGUAAAAUCGAGGAGAAGAGUGAAAUCGACAGUGAGAAUUAUAUUGUUAUAAGUGAGAAAGAUGUGGUCGAUGGCGUUGCUUUCUUUAUGGCUAGAUGUGUUUUAGCAAACCCAAAUGCAAAGAAGUUGACUCCUGUGGAGCUCCAGAAAGCGUUGGGGAAAGCACUGGAAGGAAUGAAUAAAGUAGAGAAAAUGCUAAACAUUUGGCAUGCUGGAAUGUUAUUCUAUACGCUGGCCACAUGGGGGCUUGCUCUAGCAACUUUGUACCAAGGUCGCUCAAUUCUGAAACUGGCAGCACAAGGGGUCCAUCACUCAAGCAAACUGGCUCUGAAAGCUCUAUGAGCUAUUGCCCUAUCAUGCCAACUUCCAUUAUGCAUCUAUUGCAUUGCAACUGGCCACUUGUCUCUGUAAUUUAUGGUUGCUUCUCCAACCAUCUAUGUGUUGUUCGAAAUCUAGAAAAAUUGUUAUUCUGAUUUUUGCAAUUUGGUUUCCGAGUGUACGUGUAAAUAGUUCUGAAACUUGAGAUUCUUAUCUUGUAUAAAGAAUGAUUUGUUGGGUA